CAGGCCUUAUCUGCGCCGAUAAGUCGGGCUUGUCAGAGAGCAGGUGCUGAGACAGCAGUUGAUAUCUAGGAACUCAACACCACAGAACCCAAAGGAGAGGAAGCAGAAUCAAGCAGAGGAAGAAGCUUGGCCGGCUUAGCAAAUAGACUGUGGAGCAAGCACUAUUCAUCAGAGCUGUCUUGGCUUCAAGUGGAGAGAGCUGAACUCUUCUUGAUGUGGGAACAUGCUUGUAUGGGCUUGGAAUUUUUACUUUUUGUACCGUGCUGACUCCUGUAAGUGAAUAUUAGUAAAACUGUUGAGACUUGUGAAACAAGAAUGUUUGAAUAGAGACAGAAAGGAGCCUUAGAAAGUAAGAUCGCUCAUGACGUAUUUAAACUUUGCUCUGUGGAUAUUUAGUUAAAAAAGAGGCAAGUAUAGAUAUAGCCUUGUUGGAAGAACCAGUAUACUAUUAGAUACCUUACUUAUCUGAGGAGUUCUAUUAUAUCCCCUUGUUUUACUUUCUGUUCCAGGUCAAUGUCGUAUCCUUCACUUACCCCCAAGUGUUAGGUUUUUGUGGGAUCAUGAGUAUUACAACAAAGACUAUGCACAGAAAACAGCUUUUCUCUGUCAUUGUCCUCAGCGAGGAUGUAUUAUCCCUCUUUGGAUUGCAGGUCCUUCCUCCUCUGUGAAGAUGGUCAUGAGAAAUGACCCAACAGUGAUCUCUCAUUAUGAGACCCCGCUUCUAUACGUCUAAUGGCUCAAGCCGGUUUUCCCCGAGGCGAAGAGUGAAAGCUAUUUCCCAGAAGAGCAAUGUCCAUGGCCUCUGCCUUUAUCUGAUCUUGUGCUUUGGCCUGGGCCUGGGCUUGGGCUUGGGUUUGGGCCUGGGUUUAAACCCAGGUUUUGGUUUAAGCCUUGGCCUGGGUCUGGGUACAGGCUUGAGCUUCAAAUUAGGUCGGAGCCUUGACAUGUCCCAGAUGACCUCCUUGGAUUCUGUACACCAGGAGUCAACUGAUAAUAUUGCCAUUAAGGACGAUUCUGUGGGAUCUAUCAUGGAAGAGAUGGAUGAGAACAUGGGGCAGAUCUCAGACGUAAGGGCAAUCAGUAAAUAUGAGUAUGACAAUUGGGAGGAUAUACAUGAAUUUGCUGGAGAUGAGUUAGUGAAAGAAGGAGCAGGCGGUGGGCAAGAUUAUCCUCAGACCAAAGCAGCCUGAGAAGACCCAGUAGGACAGCCACAGCCCAGUUACAAGGAAUGAAAAGAAGAAGGAGAAUGAAGAGGAAUCUGUGGUUCACUGUCCUAAGUUUUCAUUUCUUGGAAGGCCUUGGAAAUUCUAAUGUUGACAUCAUUCUGAAGUUCAUCACACCUAAAGGGGUAUCUAAAGACAAUCACCCUUUCUUUUCUUUGUUACAAACACAUUUGACCAUGUUUGGCAAUAUUAAAAAUAUAAUUUAAUUAAUAUAGAGAUUUUACUUAAAUAAUCAUGAUACAGAUCUUUCAGCCAUUUAACAAACUUUUCCUCAAUGAAAUGUAAACCUGUUGUACAUCAUUUUGUCAUUCAUUAAAAUCCGUAGAAAUAAUACCACAUUUGAAAUAUGUUUUCUUAUGAGAGAGAUGUGAAAGGCCUUGCUAACUGUGGUAUUUACUGCAUUAGUCACUAACCACCUGUAGCUCCUAACCAUUUCAAAUAUGGCUGGUCUGAUUUUACAUGUACUGGAGUUGUGAAAAUACUGUAAGUUAUUAAACUCUAGACAUGCCAAAAAAGUAAUAAAUAUAGAGAAUAAAAAUACAGCAUUA